AUGGUCUACAAGAGGCCUCCCAAUGUUAGAGAUGUUGGUCCCAUCUUACGGACCGUGAGAGAUUGGCUGCUUGGCAAUGAAGAGACAUCGUUAGUCCAUCGAUUUGAAGGCUAUAUUGCCAAAAGGACUCAGCCACCACCAAAUCUCCCACCUGGAGUCUGUAGCAAACUGUCAGAUAACUAUUACUGUACAAGAGAUGGUCGGAGAGAAUCAAAACCUCCUUUGAGCAUUUAUGAUGCCUCAAGAGUAUUGUUGGGAGCUGGAGACAAACCCCCAGCUAUCCAGGAACCAGUUAAGCCAGGUUUCCAGUACAACUGGGAGACAGGAAAGCCAGAGCUGGAGGCAAAGUCAUGA